AUGUACCAACGCUGCUCAACUGAACUCCUACAUCCUCAACUCAACUACAUCUAGGAACGCGAGCAGAGCUGUGCGUGCGCACGCAGCUUCGCGCAGGUGUGCAUGUGAUCGGAAACGCGGCCAGAGCCGAGCGCCAGGUACACCACCAGACUACCAGAGCCUUGACUAACAACGAGGAUCGCCUUCCAACUGGGUCACCGCGCCUUUUGCAGCUUCUCGUGCUCCCACCGUCCGCCGGCGCUCUGGUAGUCCGUCACCAGGGAUGAGCCCCGGAGGCGAGGCCCGCAGCUGGCCGUGGCCUACCUCGGCCUCGGUCAGACGCCCUCACCCAUCCUCGAUUUUGUUUCUGCCGCCUCCAAUUUUACCCGCGCCGCCGUCGAUUUCGCUUGCCCUCCCGUCGAUUUCGCCCGCCCUGCCGCCGAUUUCGCUCGCGCCAGCCAGCCCCUAUCGCCUGCGGCCCCGCGCCACCGCUGCCCGACCUCGUCUCCCCCACGGCCACCGGUCCUCUGUCUCUACCCUGCGGCAGGACAGAGCACGGGCAGUCCGAGGCGAGCGGGCAUGGGAGAGAGGGGUAAAAGGAGAAGCGGGGUCCACGCGUCAGACGUCCAUGUCAGCAGCUAGGUCCAUCUCAGCGCGUCAACAUGGUCAAAACCACCAUGCAUAACCGGAAAAGGGGCUAAUUGAAUGGUUUUGCAAACAUGAGGGUGUUAAUCAUCUGGUUUUAGGUGAAGUGGUCUCCUUGUAAUAGGUGGGGGGUUGUAUAGACUUUUUCCUUUGCUGAAUGCCAGGUCUGAGGCCCAGCGCCCCCCAGCCCAACACGGAAAACUCCCGCGAAGCCGUCCACGUUCAUCCAUCCCAAGGAUGAUUCCAGAUUCCCAACAAAUCCAUCGGGGACACACCGUGAAGCCUCAUCGUCCUCGUCACUGCUCCGUCUCACGCGCACGACAACGAAGGGAGCCGAGAGCCCUGACGCCCUGAUGGCGAGCUUCUUCCAGGACGCGCGCCUCCCGCAGCAGCGCGUCGUCGAGGGCGUCGCCUUCCCGGCGGUGCUCGUCCCGAGCGCCCCGGCGUCGCUCGCCACCGGCGGCGUCGACGAGUUCCUGGCGGCCGUGCGGUCGGAGCGGGCGUCCCGGCUGGAGCCGCUGGUGCGGGACGCGGGGGCGCUGCUGCUGCGGGGGUUCCCCGCGCGGACGGCGGCGGACUUCGACCGCGCCGUCGACGCCUUCGGGUACGAGGAGCUGCCGUACGUCGGCGGCGCCGCGCCGCGGACCAACGUGGUGGGGCGGGUGUUCACCGCCAACGAGUCGCCGCCCGACCAGAAGAUCCCCUUCCACCACGAGAUGGCCCAGGUUCCAACAUUUCCGUCGAAAUUGUUCUUCUUCUGUGAAGUAGAACCAAAGAGUGGCGGGGAAACACCAAUAGUAUUGAGCCAUUAUGUCUACAAAAGGAUGAAAGAAAAAUUUCCAGAGUUUGUGGAGAAAUUGGAGAAGGAUGGGCUGAUAUAUACAAGGGUCUUAGGAGAGGGUGAUGAUCCAUCUUCUCCAAUCGGUCGUGGAUGGCAAUCAACAUUUCUCACCAAAGAUAAAGCUGUCGCUGAAGAAAGGGCUGCCCAGCUCGGCAUGAAGCUGGAAUGGACUGACGACGGCGUCAAAACGAUAAUGGGCCCGAUACCGGCAGUGAAGUGGGACGAGAGCCGGGGCAGGAAGAUCUGGUUCAACAGCAUGGUAGCCGCCUACACCGGGUGGAAGGACGCCCGGAACGACCCCGUCAAGGCCGUGACCUUCGGCGACGGCUCGCCCUUGCCCGCCGACGUGAUCGCCGAGUGCGGCAAGAUCCUGGAGGAGGAGUGCGUCGCCGUCCCGUGGCAGCACGGCGACAUCCUCCUCAUCGACAACUGGGCCGUGCUGCACUCCCGCCGGUCGUUCGAGCCCCCGCGGCGCGUCCUUGCUUCGCUCUGUAAAUGAUCUGUAGAAGUGCAGCGUGUAUAUGAUGUAUGUCGAUUUGCAGGUGCUCUGAACUGGGAAUAAUUUCAUGCGAUGGGAAUGAGAAGCCUUGUAAUGCACAACAGCACGUCGAUGGCAAAAGGAAAGUGCAGAUGAACACGUGGCACUCGUUUCCUGCAGUGGUUGAAUGUUGGUGGCGUAUGUCAGAGUCGGACAAGGACGAAGUUACCAUUGUAUCUCUUGUCUUUGUUCAUGCUAAGCUUUUGGAGGAACUGGUA